AGAAGAAGACGCAGCAGGGAGGCGGCGGCGGGCGGCGGCGGCGGGGCCGCGAUGUAUGUUGUUAGCGACCGUGCGAAUGUGGAAGAAAUCACGAGGCAGCAGCUGAGGGGAGGUGUGGUUGGGCGAAGUGGUGAAGGGGCGGAGGCAGGGGGAGCGGGAGGGGGAGGGGAGUAGCGGUAGGAGCAGCAGGAUCAGGUAGGCGAGGGAUAAGUGAGGAUGGUGCAUGGCCAGCAGAAUCUGGUGGACAGGGCAGCGUGGGGUAUGGGCAGGGGGGGCAUGGGCAUUGGCAUGGGAAUGGUUUGGACGGUGGAAGAGCAGAUAGCACCGGCGGUGCUGUGGGUGCGUCUGGUGGUGGUGCUGGUGUCUCUGCUUCCCUGCCUGGGUACGGCGUUGGAAGGGAAGCAGGAGGAGCAGGAGGAGGAGGAGCAAGGGGAGCAGGGGGCGCAGGGGGCGCAGGGGGCGCAGGGGGCGCAGGGGGGGGAGGAGGAGCGGGGGAAACAGGGGGAGGAGCAGGGGAUGGUGGACGUGGGGGUUGGAGGCGGCCUGCUGAGCGGUGGGGGGUUGCUGAGUGUGUUGAUGCAACGACUGCUGGUUCACGUGUUCGAGUGCCACCAGGGAGAGGGGGUGGGCUUGGGGGCACACCCACUGACCCAGCAGCAGCCGCAGCAGCAGCAGCAGCAGCAGCAGCAGCUUGAGAGGAGUCAUUUGCCCCAGGGAAUGCCAGAAAGCCGCAGAGGAGGAGGGGGAGGAGGGGGAGCAGGAAGCCAGAGAGUAAAGAGAUUUCUGUACCACUUUCAGCACUAUGCUGAUCUAAUCAUCUGGAAGGCUCAGUUGCUGGAUCGCUGCCACCUGCUCAUCCGCCUGGGCAGCACGGAGGGGGUGGUGCUCCGAGCGUCUGACAGCUCCCACCAGAACUCCUUCUUCACUGUCUACAACUUCGUCACCACGCGAGUGCUCUGCUUCUACCAGAACUCCUCCGAGGAUUUUCUCUCUGCAUUUGAGCAUUUCUGCGACCAUUUCCGGGCCCCGCCGCGCUCCCCAGCGCUGUUCUCAUACAUCAGCAGCUGCUCCAAUAACGUGUUUGCAAGAGAGGCGUUCAAGAAGCAGAAGGCGGCUCUGGUGACGUGCAAGGGGGGGUCGCAGACACAGGCAAUCAAACGCAUGCUUGCCGGGCUGCCCUACAGUGCGCAGACGUACUCCCCAUCGCCGUACUUUGAUCAGUCGCUCUUCCACUUCGAUGAGAAGCUCAUCUCGGCAUCGGACCGGCACAAGCCUUGUGUGGAGCACCCAAUCAAGUUCAUUCUGCGGCGCCGGCCCAACGUGCUCAAAUUCAAGAUCAAUCCAGGUUUGGAGUCGGCUAAUCCGGAUGCACGGAUAAAGAGAGUGGCAACAUACGCCUUCCACCCAUUCCUUCCGUUUGCCAUUUCUGUUCAGCAGACAUUUAUGCAGCCUUCAGUUGUAAACUUCCAUUUUCGAAAGUGAAGCUUGUGUGCAGGGCUGACUUUAUCAGACUAUUUGCUCUGAUUAGUCUGAAAUCUCAGACCGGUUUUUUGGCUAAACCU